CCGUUAGCUUUUCUAGUUGAAGCUUGUAACUUUCGCAUUUCAGAAACAGGGUUCCCUGUUUUUCCAUGGCUAAAACGGCACCAAACUUGUGUUUCUCUCCCUUGAAUCAAAACCAAAACCGUAGAGAAAACUUGUUGUUAUCUAAAAACGGUUGCUUUAUCCAUAAACCUUCUUCAAAAAUCACUCUCUUGUCUCCAAUUUUCAGCUCUUGCACCCCUAUCCGAAUCUCAGCUUCGCCGAGAAGAUCCAUUGAUCUCCAUCUUACAGAUUAUAAUGCCAAAAUUCUUCAAUUCUGCGAGUUGGGUGAUCUUCAAAAUGCCAUGGAAUUGCUUUUCAUGUCUAAAAAACCUGAACUUGAACCCAGAACGUACAGCUCUGUUUUACAGCUUUGUGCUGGUUUAAAAUCAUUAACGGAUGGUAAAAAAGUUCAUUCGAUCGUUGAUUCUAAUAAUGUUCUACUCGAUGAACUCUUGGGCUCGAAGCUUGUAUCCUUUUAUGCAACUUGUGGGGAUUUAAAGGAAGCAAGGAGGGUUUUCGAUAGAAUGGAGAAAAAGAAUGUUUAUUUGUGGAAUUUUAUGGUGAGUGAGUAUGCAAAAAUUGGGGAUUUCAGGGAGAGCAUUCGUUUGUUCAAGAUGAUGGUGGAAAAGGGAAUUGAAGUGAACUCUUACACCUUUUCUUGCGUUCUGAAGUGUUUAGCAGCUCUUGGAGGUCUUAAAGAAGGUGAAUGUGUUCAUGGGUAUUUGUUGAAACUGGGUUUUGGUUGUUGUAAUAGUGUUGUGAACUCUCUUAUUGCGUUUUACUUCAAGGGCAGAAGACCUGAAAGUGCCUAUGAACUGUUUGAUAAAUUGUGUGACCGAGAUGUUAUAUCAUGGAACUCUAUGAUAAGUGGCUAUGUAUCAAAUGCUCUUGCACAGAGAGGGCUGGAGAUCUUUAAAGAGAUGUUGCAUUUGGGUGUUGAAGUCGAUUCGGCUACUAUUGUAAGUGUUCUUGUCGGUUGUGCGAAUUCGAGUACUCUUUCAUUGGGGAAGGCUGUUCAUGCUUUGGCAAUGAAAUCUUGUUUUGAGAGGAGAAUCAACUUUAGUAACACUUUACUAGACAUGUAUUCGAAAUGUGGUGAUCUCGAUGGUGCCUUACGAGUUUUCGAGAAGAUGGGAGAAAGAAAUGUUGUGUCAUGGACUUCUAUGAUAGCAGGUUACACCCGGGAUGGCCGGUCUGAUGGAGCCAUCAGAUUGCUCCAACAAAUGGAGAAGGAAGGUGUUAAACUAGAUUUAAUUGCUAUCACAAGCAUUCUUCAUGCUUGUGCUAGAAGUGGUUCGUUGGAAAAUGGCAAGGAUGUACAUGGUUACAUAAAAGCAAAUAACAUGGAAUCAAAUUUGUUUGUGUGUAAUGCACUAAUGGAUAUGUAUGCUAAAUGUGGAAGCAUGGACGAUGCAAAUUCUGUCUUCUCGUCGAUGGCCGUGAAGGACAUUGUUUCUUGGAAUACCAUGAUUGGGGGUUACUCGAAGAAUUGUCUUCCCAACGAAGCUCUUACAACGUUUGCUGCAAUGCUCGAAGAAUUGAAACCCGACAGCAGAACUAUGGCAUGUAUUCUCCCUGCAUGUGCCAGCCUAUCUGCUCUAGAAAGAGGCCAAGAAAUUCAUGGUCACGUAUUGAGAAACGGGUAUUCUUCGGAUCAACAUGUUGCAAACGCACUCGUCGACUUAUAUGUAAAGUGUGGAGUUCUAGGUCUUGCACAAUUACUUUUCGAUAUGAUUUCUUCUAAAGAUUUAGUCUCAUGGACAGUAAUGAUUGCCGGAUAUGGUAUGCAUGGGUUUGGGAAUGAAGCUAUUACUACCUUAAAUGAGAUGAGAGAUGCAGGAAUUGAGCCAGAUGAAGUCUCCUUCAUUUCUAUAUUGUAUGCCUGCAGCCAUUCUGGACUACUUGAGGAAGGUUGGAGAUUCUUCUACAUAAUGAAAAAUGAUUUCAACAUUGAACCCAAAUUGGAACACUAUGCCUGCAUGGUAGAUCUUCUUUCUCGGACUGGUAAUCUUUCAAAGGCAUAUGAAUUCAUCGGAACCAUGCCUAUUGCACCAGAUGCCACAAUCUGGGGAUCUUUGCUUUGUGGCUGCAGGAUUUACCAUGAUGUUGAAUUAGCCGAGAAAGUUGCAGAACGCGUCUUCGAGCUAGAGCCAGAAAAUACCGGAUAUUACGUGCUCUUAGCUAAUAUCUAUGCUGAGGCAGAAAAGUGGGAGGAAGUGAAGAGAAUGAGAGAGAAAAUCGGAAGGAAAGGCUUAAGAAAGAAGCCAGGCUGCAGCUGGAUAGAGAUAAAGGGCAAAGUUAAUCUCUUUGUUAGUGGAAACAAUUCACACCCACAAUCCAAAAAGAUAGAAUCUUUGCUAAAGAAGCUGAGGAGGAAGAUGAAGGAAGACGGUUAUUUCCCCAAAACCAAGUAUGCUUUGAUUAAUGCAGAUGAUAUGCAAAAAGAAAUAGCUCUCUGUGGGCACAGUGAGAAAUUAGCCAUGGUUUUCGGGUUGUUAACAUUGCCACCGAGAAAAGCAAUACGAGUAACCAAGAAUCUCCGAGUAUGCGGCGACUGUCACGAAAUGGCCAAGUUCAUGUCUAAGGAAACUGGUAGAGAAAUUGUGCUGAGAGAUUCAAAUCGAUUUCACCAUUUCAAGGAUGGUUAUUGUUCUUGCAGAGGUUUCUGGUGACUAGGCCAACACUUAUGUAU